AUGGCCCGGCUGUGGCUCCAUCUCUGCAUCUGUCUCCAGAUCCCAGGUUUCUGUACAAAUCUUCUUUUACACCAGACUCCACGGCAUAUUUUAGCCCAAGCUAACAAUAAAACAGAAAUCCUCUGUGAUCUGAAGAUGGAGCACACCGGGAUGUACUGGUACCGCUGGAGCCAGGAGAGGCAAAAUUUUGAGUUCUUGAUAUUUUCCAGCUCGUUGGGCAAAGCUACAUAUGGUGCAAACAUCAGUCAGGACAAAUUUAGUGUCCAUGGGAUGAGUUCCCACACCUCCUACAGCCUGCACAUCAGCCACCUCCAUGCCUCAGACAAUGGCACCUAUUACUGCUCCGUCUCCCAGUCCUCUCAGCUCCUCCUGGGCAGCGGCACACAGCUCGGUGUGGUUGAUGUUUUGCCUCUGAGUUUGAAGACCACUCAGGCAGCGCCCCCCAAAAAACCCACACGGUGUGUAACCAAAAGCAAAGCUGCCAGCAAGAAAGGUGCCUGCAGCCCCGUGGUCUGGGUCCCUCUGGCUGCCAGCAUCCUGGUCCUCCUACUGAGCCUGGUCCCCACUGCCUGCCGCCUCCACCGUCUUCGGCGAAGGCUGUGGCUUCGCAUCCACAGGCAGUAA